AUGCGGUAUUGCCCAAGGCAAAUCGCAAGUGCUCUGACUGGGGUCGCCUCGUCAAGCUGCAUCACAGUAAGAAGAGCGGCGGGCAGCAGGCCAACGACGACGUGGGCAGUGGCAGGGGCUCCUACCGCCUCGCCCUCGCCCCAGCUCCUCCAGCUCGGUCGCCGCUGGCGGCCUCGGAGGGAGCGCUGGCGGCGGCAGCGGGCGACGGAGCCCUGCAGGAGGCGCUGCAAGCCAGGAUCGCCGCUCCCAAGGCCGCGGGCCAAGGGACGGCCACCACCUCCCGAGGAGGCGCUCCGCAAGGGGGUGGGGGCGGUCAAGGACGCCGGGCUCAAGCGCGAGCAGGCCAUCGCAGGGCUGCAGCGGUGCCCGGCCAACCUCGACAGCGCGAGCGGCCCUCGGACCCACCAGGCGCUCGCGGCCAAGUGCGGCGUGUGCGGCGUGCUGCCCAUCGCCUGCGACAAGGACGACCAGGUGCUGUUCGGAAUCCAGUGGGAUGAGUCCUUCUUCAGUACCAGCUGGAGGCCGAGCCCGCGGGGGCCGACGCGCUCCCCGGUCUCGAGGCCGACCUGA